CUAAAUGACUAUGAAAUGCUAGUAAUUUUGUUUGGAAAGAGAAAUGUAAUAUUUGUUACAGUUGAACGCGUACUUCACAACAUUUGGUUGAGGCGAGUGUGAUAGAGAACAAAAGUUAAGCAGAGAUUUUUGGUCGCUGAAAAUUUCUUGCCAAGCGGUUUGUCAUAUCAACAUUAGAAUAAAGAUUGUUCGAAUAAUUUACUUUUUCAGGCAAAAAAAAUAUACGUCAUGAUGCGUUUUGGUGUUUGGAUUAGAAUCGCCUUUGUAAUAAUAGCAUUUGUGAUGGCAACUGCGAUGAAUAGAAGUGUUUGCGCACAAAUAAAAGGCGGAGUCUGUAUUCGCAAGUACAAAGAUGGAAAAUUAUUAUCUCAAGGUGAUUGUGAAUUCCAUAAUGGAUUGGAUAUUGCCAACGAAAUUAAACUCAAUAUUGCAAGAAAAAAUUGCGAUGUUAAAUACGGCGGUAGAUGUUUCAAAUAUGUACUGCAUUCAACUUCUGAUGUCGUGUAUGAAGAGGCAAAACUACUAUGCGAUGAAAUUGGUUGGACUGUGGCAAACAUAUACGAUGAUGAUCACUAUAAAAUGAUAAAACAAUACUUGUCUUCAACAAUGGCUCCUCUGCGGAAAAUAUAUCUUUGGACCGGGAUGACCUUCAAGCGAGGAGAGGUAUUGCAACGUUCCGGAGAAAAGAUUAUAGUCUCUUCCAUAUGGUACGAAGGUUAUCCUUCCACGGACUCAAGAUAUACAGGCAUGGCGAUAGAAGUUGAUAAUGACAAGAACGAGAAGCACCAAGGAGUUUAUAACUUUCCGCCAGACGAGCCACUUUAUGGAGCUUUGUGUGAAUUGUAAAGCGAAUAUAUUGUGUCAGCGUCUCUGAUUUGUACAAUGUCAAAUUUGUCAGCUAUGUACUUCCUGUCAGCAAUGUCGAACAUUUUUAUUUUAUACACUUAAUGACGUACCAAUUUCUGCGUAGUCGACAUUGCUAACCGAGUCGACAAACUGGAUAAUUCCGACACAGCAAUGUAGAUAAUGGCUAAGAGAGUCGACAUUACCCAAAAGCCGAUGUAGCGGAGAUUGCAGACAGAGUGGACAUUGCUGACAGGAACGAUAUAACCAACAGAGUGCACAAACAAGAGACGCUAUAUUGUGGUUGGUUCCACGGAUUGCUAGUCAAUUACUCGUGGCUGAAGACGAACUCAAGCGCAACCAAAACAUACUUAUGUAUUUGGUUGUACGUAUUUCUGUACAGGAAUGCGAUGCCCAGCAACAUGCACUAGUGAUAGAAAAUUCAACUGUAUAAAGCAGUUUAGGUAAUGGCCCAGUCUGAAGUAUGUCUCUCCGUUGGUCUGUCGUUAUUAUAAAAUUAAUUUUUCUUAAUACUUACAUUCUUACUUACAUUCUAAAAUAUAAAGUAUUAGACAUAACGUAAGUGUUUCAAUACGAUGCGCUCGCUAUUCGUGCUUUCGUUUUGUUCGUAAUAUGACGUUUUCCGACGUUCCUUGUAUGACGUAUACCAAGAAACAUCUAGAUAUAUG